GAUAUACUUAGUUCAACGGUCAUAAAUGAGCGGACCAAAUGGGACAAAUCGGUGUAAGCACCAGCUGGUUUUGCCACUCAGUCAUUUCGCACAGCUCUAGCUAUUUAAACGCAUAUCAGAUUCAGUGGGUGAAAGUCAAAAAUAACGCCAAAAUGCAUUUCCGGCCAAUAAUUUCGAUAUUACUCCUCUUUAUUAUCACUACAACGACGGCUAAGCGCUUGAUCAAGCCCAGUCAGCGUCUCUUAGCACGCCAGAGUGAAAGUGGCAGUGUUCAGCAGGAAGGGCGUAUCGUUGGCGGCACAAAUGCCGACCCAGGGUUCGCUUCAUAUCAAGUAUCCAUACAAGGCCAAUAUAACGGUCAUUGGUGUGGUGGCACCAUCAUCGACAAACGGUGGAUACUAACAGCGGCACAUUGCAUUGAUGGCUACAAUCCGCCUUAUCUGCGCAUCAUAACGGGUACUGUGGAGUGGGAUCAACCGCACGCUAUCUAUCACUCGGACGAGUUUUAUACGCAUUGUAAUUACGAUAAACCGGAUUAUGCCAAUGAUAUUGGACUCAUACAUUUGAAUGACUCCAUUGUAUUCGAUCAAUAUACACAAGCGGUGCCAUUGGCGUCGAAAGCGUUAGAGGAUAAUGCUGAGGCUAUACUCACCGGUUGGGGCGAUAUGGGCUACGGUGGUCCGUCAACGAAAAUAUUGCAGAAAAUUACAUUACGUCACAUGAGUCACAAGCGCUGUGCCGAAGUGUAUAAGGAUGAGGAGAUACUGGAUGUGGGUCACAUUUGUACAUACACCAAAGAAGGUGAGGGUGCCUGUCAAGGCGACUCUGGUGGUCCUUUGAUUAGCGGCGGUGAACUAGUCGGCAUCGUUAACUGGGGUCAGCCUUGUGCUGUGGGUUAUCCAGAUGCAUAUGCAAGUGUUUACUUCCAUCGUGAUUGGAUACGUCGUGUCAUGUCGGGCACAUGCAAGACAUGCCACUGUGAAGCAAGCAAUUAUCCUUCAUUUGGGAGUAAAAAAUAAAUACGUUAAAAGGUUUGAAUAAAAUAUACUCACAAAGUAUAGUAAGUUAUAGUAAAGGUUUUGAA